GGGCCUCGCUAGUUUCUCGGCUAUAAUCAGUUGAUGUGAGCUUGGUGCUACAUUUUCUGCAUCACCGGAUAAUAUCACACUAUACAUGUAUAGGAUUUUCACAAUGGCAACAAUUUUACAAGUUAUGGUAUUUUGUUUUUCUUAUAGUAUUUUUGCCUCAGCAAGUCACUCAGAAGUGGCUUGGACCUAUGGGGAGACAAACGGCCCCGCUGAGUGGAGGAACUCUUAUCCUAUCUGUGGUCUCAACAGCCAGUCUCCCAUCAACCUCCCAGAUACCGGGGACAUGACCUUUGACCCUAGUCUUAAACCAUUCCAAAUUUCAGGAUUCUCAAACCCACAGGAUUACAAAUUAAAAAUUAAUAAUAAUGGUCACACAGUACAAGUCAGCGUGGAGGAGGGAAAUCUAACGGUGGAGGGAGGCGGACUCCCCGGGCGAUACAAGACCGCCCAGUUCCAUUUCCACUGGGGACGGGACAACACCCAGGGAUCAGAGCACCAGAACAGAGGCACACUUUACCCAAUGGAGCUCCACGUGGUGAACUAUAACGAGAAAUACGGAAACUUAUCGAACGCCGCCUCUCAGGAAGGGGACGGUCUGGCCGUGCUCGGUUUCUUCUUCGUGCCAAAUGGAAAUACUGAUAAUAGCGCGUUAACCACUUUGUUGAAUAAAUUUAAUGACGUAAAGACAAAAGGCGCCGAAUCAGAACUUACUGGCUUCAAUAUUGAUUUAAUGCUCCCAUUCUCAAGCGGAAAUGCUGAUCGAUUCUACAGAUAUUCCGGAAGUUUGACCACGCCUCCGUGUUAUGAGAGCGUUGUAUGGACUAUGUUUGAGAGUACUAUUCCAAUAUCCGAUUCACAGCUUGCUAUGUUCCGGAUGCUACAAGAGGAUGAUACACCAAAUAGCGGUAACGUGAUUGUAGAUAACUUCCGGCCAGUACAGGCUCUAAAUGGCCGCCAAGUGAGGAGAAGUUUUGCGAGUUCCGCUUCCGGUCUUCAGAUUCCAUUCUUAGCUCUGUUACUCGUACUACUACGUCUUCUUUGUGAGCUUGGUGCUACAUUUUCUGCAUCAGCGGAUAAUAUCACACAAUACAUGUAUAGGAUUUUCACAAUGGCAACAAUUGUACAAGUUAUGGUAUUUUGUUUUUCUUAUAGUACUUUUGCCUCAGCAAGUGAAGUGGCUUGGACCUAUGGAGAGACAAAUGGCCCCGCUGAGUGGAGGAACUCUUAUCCUAUCUGUGGUCUCAAUAGCCAGUCCCCCAUCAAUCUCCCAGAUACCGAGGACAUGACCUUUGACCCUAGUCUUAAACCCUUUCAAAUUUCAGGAUUCACAAACCCACAGGAUUACAAACUAAAAAUCAAAAAUAAUGGUCACACAGUGCAAGUCAGCGUGGAGGAGGGAAAUCUAAUGGUGGAGGGAGGCGGACUCCCCGGGCGAUACAAGACGGCCCAGUUCCAUUUCCACUGGGGUCGGGACAACACUCAGGGGUCAGAGCAUCUGAACAGAAACACACAUUACCCAAUGGAGCUCCACGUGGUGAACUAUAACGAGAAAUAUGGAAACUUAUCGAACGCCGCCUCAAAGGAAGGGGAUGGUCUGGCCGUACUCGGCUUCUUCUUCGUGCCAAAUGGAAAUACUGAUAAUAGCGCGUUCACCACUUUGUUGAAUAAAUUUAAUGACGUUAAAUUAAAAGACGCCGAGUCAGAACUUACCGGCUUCAAUAUUGAUUUUAUGCUCCCAUUCUCAAGCGGAAAUGCUGACCGAUUCUACAGAUAUUCCGGAAGUUUGACCACGCCUCCGUGUUAUGAGAGCGUGGUAUGGACUAUCUUCGAGAGUACUAUCCCAAUUUCCGAUUCACAGCUUGCUAUGUUCCGGAUGCUACAAGAGGAUAAUACACCAAAUAGCGAUCACGUGAUUGUAGAUAACUUCCGGCCAGUACAGGCUCUAAAUGGCCGCCAAGUGAGGAGAAGUUUUGCAAGUUCCGCUUCUGGUCUUCAGAUUUCUUUCUUAGCUCUGUUACUCGUACUACUACGUUUUCUUUAGAGUAUUAACCCUAUUUAUAGAUUAUAUUCAAGUCUCUUUAAUACUUCAGGAGUGGUAAACUAUUUUCUAACACACUGAACAUAGUUAAUUAAUGUCCAUCCAUCAUAUCCCAAUGCUGAUAAUUCAUAAAUGGCUAGGACCAGUUAGUGCGUUUAUUCUUUUUUCUCAAGAUACAUAUGUAUAGUCAUUGAGAGCAAUAGUCAUGAAAUAUACAGUGUUUUAUGUGCAUAUUUGAAUUAUUUCUUCAUUUUCAUUUUAUCACUGGACCUUUCACCAAAAUUUAAGAAUAUCGAUCUGUUUAUAUUGUUGAAAACAUUGAAGGACAUACAAAAUUCAGAUAUAAAUGAUUAGCAUAAAAGUUAAGAGCGGUGCUUAAUUUCUAGACUCAUUCAAAGGUUUUUCUACCUUCCACUUUUUUGUAUGAUUUUAUAUUUAUCAUGAUAUUUGCUGUAUACGUACAUCAAGUGAUACAUUUGUGUGAAACUGAUUGAUAUGUAUCGAUUGUGUGAAUCUCGGUGAUCGAACCAAUAAAACAUUAUCAUUUAAUUCGUUAGAAUUACUUCUGAUUUGUUUCAUUUUAUUUCUCCUCUGAAUAUUUUAUGUGUUAAUGCUAAAAUUACAUAAAAUUCUAUAUAAUAAUGAGGCGAUCUAUAAGAAUGUCAUAAUUAUGAUCAAACUACACGUAAAACAAGGGAAAAGAAGUCGGUCUUUGAUUUUAGCAGACGAUUAAGGGCCAUGAACUAUAUACAUGUAAUUCUGUAAUUAGAAUUUGACCAGUCAAGGAUUUUUUGUCAUUUUUUAAAAGAAAUUUUGAUACAUUUAUAUUUGGAGCCAGUUUUGCAUCAUGAUACAUGUAUUUAUAUGACGUGAUCAUAAAAAAACAAGUUCUAUUUGUCAGCAAUUUUGCUUCUGAGAUUGAGGGGAUCGUUAGGGGGAAAAGCCAACUUACAUAUUGUGAUGGUUUCAUAGAAAAAUCUGUACCAUGUUGAUAUAUAGAAAUGAUAGAGACGCUGAGUGUUGGUGCCUGCAUUGAAUAUCAUUGUAGUUGUGAUGUACCUAAGUACACUGAAUGAAUAUACAUCAAUGAAUAAAAUAUACAAGAAACAUUA